AUGCCUUUUUAUACCCUCAAAGUCAAAUACGAGAACCCCGGGGCCUACGAGCAGUACGGGAGGGAUAUUCAAAACACAGUUAAGACCAAAUACGGCGAGAAAGGCGCCUGGGAUUUUAAGCAGCUCAUUGCGGAGCCUGGUUCGUUUCCGCCGACGCAGUUUACGAUCUUCGAAGUGCCGGAGGACGUUUCAUUGGAUGAGUUGUUGGAGGUUAAGUUGGGGGAGGGUGUUUCUACUGAUAUUCAGGGGAUUUGA